AUGGCGGACACCAAGCUGGAGGCUUACGGAAACAUUGUCGCCUUCGAAGGCCAUCCUGACGUUGUGUCAACUCAACUCAGGUUGCUGCCAACCUCGCCUCAAAUCCUCAUUCUUCCAGCGGUUCAGUGCUACAUUGCCAGUGACGAUUCAGACAAGGCCUUCGAGGUACGGGCUUAUAUUCGAAAGGUCCAUGACGCUCUCAUCACUCGCCAAGAAGCUGCGCGCAGCUUCCUGCAUGGCGCGACAACAUCGAACAAGCGGUUGGCGUUUCUCAAUGGUGGUUCACCGAGUGCCCAUGCGCUCUGUAUUAAGGCCAUCAUGAAGCACGAGACAGGCGGAGACCGGGUUGAGGCAGAAGCUGUUUACGCCCAGCUGGCGAAAGGUGGCCUGGCUGGUCUCGAGGCUAAGAGCCAGAUACACAGUCGGGCAGGCUCUGUCGGCGGCGAGUCAAUGUUCAACGAAGAGCUCCAUGAUCCCAUAACACGGGCCAUGAGAGCUGCUGAUGCUUUGGACCGUGACACAGCUAAUCUUCAACCAUCUGACAUGCUCGAGCUUACCAUGACAACUCGACCACGCAGCCUAAGUUUGCCACUGUAUGGCUACUCGGAUGGCUUUGGUGACGCAGCUCCUUUUUUCCUCUUUGGCGCGCACGUUGAAGAUGAGGUCGAUGUGGAGGAUAACUCCCCUCUAGCCCCAGGGGCGCCGACGUUUGCUGUCGUGGACUACAACCAGCCGGCGAAACGGCCAGUCUCGGUAGAACUCGCACCUGCAUCGCCGAGUGGUGCUGGUAAAUCCAAAGUGCAGUCGAACCUUGGAGUACACCAUGAAACAAUAAUGCUCUCCCCGACAGCCCCGACUUUCAAUGCCCGCACACGCGAUACCGUCACCAGCGGAGAAUCUACCACAUCCGACAUGCGCACAUCAGUUUCGAGCUCCAAGGGAACACUACAAAGAGUCAGAUCGUUGGAUAGAAUCUAUCCGAUCAGUGCCAAGUUGAGAGAUCUCUGCAUCACAGGAGCUUCGCAAGAGAUGGGAGAAGGGUCUAGUGUUUUCCCCCGUUCACGCUCUUUCAUGGUUGUUGGCGAAGAGAGACCUCCAGCUAUCCGGAGGUUGAGUUACAUUGACAGGCGAACGGCCUUAUCCAAAGGUCGUCGCCCAACAGUCAAAGUCGAACAAACUUCUCUCGAUAAAAAAACGACACAAGGUCCAAAUUCUGGCGGAGCGUCUCAGCUUCACUUAGGAGCAGACAUUGCUACCACUCCAGAUGUUCCAUUUCAGCCAAUACUACCUUGGGUAGAAAACCUAGUGGUUCAUUUCAGGGAUGAGACACCAAAUUUACUUCUCUCUUCAGUUAUCAAAUCGUUCAAGGCCGGCAACUAUCCUAUACUUUCGUCUCCGACUUCGGCGUCUGUGUACUCUGGAAAUGUGUCCACCCCAACAACUCUUCUUCAUCAGCCAACUACAUUUGAUGAAAGGGCUCAUGAAAGAUUCCACGAUAUCUCUGGAUUAGGUAUAGUAAAUGACGAUUUCGUUUUCAACACUCGGCUUCAACCGCGGCCUGCGAGAGAACGGACCGUCCCGUCCGUGAAUGUUAUUCGCCCCCCAACACCAGCACAGACGCCACCUCCUUGCACAGGAAUGGAGGCCAAGUUUCACGAAUUCGAUAUUGUUUCAGGACAGACUGCCGUCGCUAUCCAGAACUCUCUUAGAUCAGUCCUAAGCCUAUACUUUCCUCCAGAAGCUGAGGGCUAUCGCCAAUUCCAAUUCUCCCUCCUUCCUGAAUUCGACGGUUUAUGGAAGCCUGUAUUCCGAGAAACCGAGCCCAAGGGCUCUCCGAGAGGAACUAACCGAAGAGUCGAUCACAUUCUGGCAAUAGGGUCCCAGCAAGGUGUGGACAAAGUAUACUCGUCAGGAAUCAUUAAGCAACUGGAGACGAUUGGGACGAAAUCAAGCGAUCGCCAGGGUCGCAGCGGGCGGGUAGAUUUCCGAUACUUACUCGCCAAUGCCAUGCAAGCAUUCACUGCCCUUCCCCUGACGAACCAAACAUCCGAUAACCCUUUCGCCAAUUCCUACCUUCUGGCGACACUACUUAUUCCCCAUCUCGAAACAUACUUGGCACUCCACUCGGAAAUUCGCUAUCUUCUGCUAGAGUAUCCUCCUGAGCACCUAGCCACCGUACUGGCAUUGCAAAAGUUGAUAGGCGUGGACCUUAUCAAGGUGGCCCAAAUUGUUGACCCUAACAACAAAGACUGUUUGCCUUUUACCCAGAUUGGGGGUCCUACCGUCAGGGCCAAGAUCAAUACCAAAACACCCAAUUUGUCGCCACAGUCGUCAAGCUCGGAUAUCACGGUCUCCAACGCAAACUUCCUACUUACAUGCACGGCCACUUCCAAAGAUAUAGCGAAAUUCGUUUCUGCUGUCUGGAAUAUUCAGAUCGAAACUUGUGACCCUGAGCCUUCACCUAAAAGGAAGAGUUUACCUGGUAAAAAGCCGAGGCCGGCACCGCUUAAUGUCCUGCUCACCAAGUUUCCUCGAUCGUCAUUGUCGACUCGUAGUGGGCCGUCGCCUACUUCGGCUGAAGCCACUUCUAGUCCUGAAUCGCUGACGCUGUCCUCUCGACGCCAGUCGUUUACGGAUAAUAUCAAGACACCCAAGUCAGAGACCAUCUACAGUCGAGCCUUCUCCCGGCGACGACUCUUCCGCAGCGACUCGGCAUCGAUGACUACCUUUGAUCACAGUAGUGACGACAGUGAAUUGGAUCUAGAAGAGCGGAGGCUCAUGCCCAUGUUCAUGAAAACCAUCGAGCCUAAGGGUAAUACCCGCAAAGCUCUCAAAUUCUUGGGGUUGGCAUAA